GCGGAGGCGGCGGGCGAGGGCGACGACGACCAGCGAGGCGGCCGCUGCUGCUGGGGCCGCGGCCCAGGCGCGGGGGCGACGACAGGUUAAAAAUCUGUAAGAGCCUGAUUUUAGAAUUCACCAGCUCCUCAGAAGUUUGGCGAAAUAUGAGUUAUUAAACCUACGCUCAGAUCAAGUUAGCAGCUAGACUGGUGUGACAACCUGUUUUUAAUCAGUGACUCAAAGCUGUGAUCACCCUGAUGUCACCGAAUGGCCACAGCUUGUAAAAGAUCAUCAGGAGAACCUCAAUCUGACGACAUUGAAGCUAGCCGAAUGAAGCGAGCAGCUGCAAAACAUCUAAUAGAACGCUACUACCACCAGUUAACUGAGGGCUGUGGAAAUGAGGCCUGCACGAAUGAGUUUUGUGCUUCCUGUCCAACUUUUCGUCGUAUGGAUAACAAUGCAGCAGCUAUUAAAGCCCUCGAGCUUUAUAAGAUUAAUGCAAAACUCUGUGAUCCUCAUCCCUCCAAGAAAGGAGCCAGCUCAGCUUACCUUGAAAACUCUAAAGGUGCCUCUAACAACUGCUCUGACAUAAAAAUGAACAAGAAGGACGGGCAAGGAGCAAGAGAUGAUUUUAAAGAUGUGACUUACCUAACCGAAGAGAUGGUGUAUGAAAUUCUUGAAUUAUGUAGAGAGAGAGAGGAUUAUUCCCCUUUAAUUCGUGUUAUUGGAAGAGUUUUUUCUAGUGCUGAAGCAUUGGUACAAAGCUUUCGGAAAGUCAAGCAACAUACCAAGGAAGAACUGAAAUCUCUUCAAGGAAAGGACGAAGAUAAAGAUGAAGAUGAAAAGGAAAAGGCUGCAUGUUCUGCAGCAGCUAUGGAGGAGGAUUCAGAAGCAUCUUCCUCAAGGAUAAGUGAUAGCUCACAAGGAGAUAACAACUUACAAAAGUUAGGCCCUGAUGAUGUGUCUGUGGAUAUUGAGGCUAUUAGAAGGGUCUACACCAGAUUGCUCUCUAAUGAAAAAAUAGAAACUGCUUUUCUCAACGCACUUGUGUAUUUGUCACCUAAUGUGGAAUGUGACUUGACGUAUCACAAUGUAUACUCCCGAGAUCCUAAUUAUCUGAAUUUAUUCAUUAUUGUCAUGGAGAAUAGAAAUCUCCACAGUCCUGAAUAUCUGGAAAUGGCUUUGCCUCUGUUUUGCAAAGCAAUGAGUAAGCUACCCCUUGCAGCCCAAGGAAAACUGGUCAGACUGUGGUCUAAAUACAGUGCAGACCAGAUUCGGAGAAUGAUGGAAACAUUUCAGCAGCUUAUUACAUACAAAGUCAUAAGCACUGACUUUAACAAUCGAAAUCUAGUGAACGACGAUGAUGCUAUUGUUGCUGCUUCCAAGUGCUUGAAAAUGGUUUACUAUGCAAAUGUAGUAGGAGGGGAGGUAGACACAAACCAUAAUGAAGAAGAUGAUGAAGAGCCCCUUCCUGAGUCCAGUGAAUUGACACUUCAGGAGUUAUUGGGAGAAGAAAGAAGGAACAAGAAAGGUCCUCGAGUGGACCCACUGGAAACUGAACUUGCUGUUAAAACUCUGGAUUGUCGAAAACCACUUAUCCCUUUUGAAGAGUUUAUUAAUGAACCACUGAAUGAUGUUCUAGAAAUGGAUAAAGAUUAUACUUUUUUCAAAGUAGAAACCGAGAACAAGUUCUCUUUUAUGACAUGUCCCUUUAUACUGAAUGCUGUCACAAAGAAUUUGGGAUUAUAUUAUGACAAUAGAAUUCGCAUGUACAGUGAACGAAGAAUUACUGUUCUCUACAGCUUAGUUCAAGGACAGCAGUUGAAUCCAUAUUUGAGACUCAAAGUCAGACGUGACCAUAUCAUAGAUGACGCACUUGUCCGGCUAGAGAUGAUCGCUAUGGAAAAUCCUGCAGACUUGAAGAAACAGUUGUAUGUGGAAUUUGAAGGAGAACAAGGAGUUGAUGAGGGAGGUGUUUCCAAAGAAUUUUUUCAGCUGGUUGUGGAGGAAAUCUUCAAUCCAGAUAUUGGUAUGUUCACAUAUGAUGAAUCUACAAAGUUGUUUUGGUUUAAUCCAUCCUCUUUUGAAACUGAGGGUCAGUUCACUCUGAUUGGCAUAGUACUGGGUUUGGCUAUUUACAAUAACUGUAUACUGGAUGUACAUUUUCCCAUGGUUGUCUACAGGAAGCUAAUGGGGAAAAAAGGAACUUUUCUUGACUUGGGAGACUCUCAUCCUGUUCUGUAUCAGAGUUUAAAAGACUUACUGGAGUAUGAAGGGAAUGUGGAAGAUGAUAUGAUGAUCACUUUCCAGAUAUCUCAGACAGAUCUUUUUGGUAAUCCGAUGAUGUAUGAUCUAAAGGAAAAUGGUGAUAAAAUUCCAAUUACCAAUGAAAACAGAAAGGAAUUUGUCAAUCUGUAUUCUGACUACAUUCUCAAUAAAUCAGUAGAAAAACAGUUCAAGGCGUUUCGGAGAGGUUUUCAUAUGGUGACCAAUGAAUCUCCUUUAAAGUACUUAUUCAGACCAGAGGAAAUUGAAUUGCUUAUAUGUGGAAGCCGGAAUCUAGAUUUCCAAGCACUAGAAGAAACUACAGAAUAUGACGGUGGCUAUACCAGGGACUCUGUUGUGAUUAGGGAGUUCUGGGAAAUUGUUCAUUCAUUUACAGAUGAGCAGAAAAGACUCUUCUUGCAGUUUACAACAGGCACAGACAGGGCACCUGUGGGCGGACUAGGAAAAUUGAAGAUGAUAAUAGCCAAAAAUGGUCCAGACACAGAAAGGUUACCUACAUCUCAUACUUGCUUUAAUGUCCUUUUACUUCCGGAAUAUUCAAGCAAAGAAAAACUUAAAGAGAGAUUGUUGAAGGCCAUCACUUAUGCCAAAGGAUUUGGCAUGCUGUAAAAAAAACAAAAAAUGGAAAGAAAAAGAAAAGAAAAAGAAAUUUAAAAUUUUAAUAAAUAUAACAAGAGGGAUAAAAUUGGUGGUGAUAGUGUCCCAGUACAAAAAGGCUGUUAUAGUGAACCACAGUAGUCACCUAUGUCUGUGCCUCCCUUCUUUAUUGGGGAUAUAUGGGCUGGAACAGCAGAUUUCAGCUACUUAUAUGAACAAAUCCUUUAUUAUUAUUAUUAUUUUUUUUGCGUGAAAGUGUUACUUAUUCUUUCACUUGUAUGUACAGAGAGGUUUUUCUGAAUAUUUAUUUUAAGGGUUAAAUCACUUUUGCUUGUGUUUAUUACUGCUUGAGGUUGAGCCUUUUUGCAUAUUUAAAAAUAUAUACCAACAAACUACCCUCCCAAGGAAAAUAUUGCCACCAUUUGUAGACCAUGUAACCUUCAAGUAUGUGCUAUUUUUUUUGGUCCCUGUAUCUAACUCAAAUCAGGAGCUGUAUUUUUUUUUUUUUUAAACAAUUUGCUUUUGAAACUUGGAAGUCUUGAAAACAGUGUGAUGCAAUUGCUGCUGUUCUAGUCCCCAAAGAGUCUUCUGUGCAAAAAUCUUAAAAUCAAUAAAGAUGGAAGGGAGAACUUGGAAUGUUUAACUGCAGCCCUCAGAACUUUACUUUAGUAACAGCACAACAAAUUAAAAACAACUCAUGCCACA